AUCAUCGGCACGUCGAACGCGCCAUGCGAGCAUUGGGACGAGGGCCAUAGCCGCCCACAAAAAGCGGUCAUAGUCCCUCUCUGUUCUCCGUGAUCUUUGCAUCCCAACUACCUCACGCUCGAGACAUCAUGGUCUUUCCGUUCGAUUACUUCGCCCACAAGCGAGACUGCAAACGAAAGCAAGAUGAACGCAGCGCCAAAAUUGCGUCCUUGCCCACCCCGUACUUAACUUCGUUCACGGAGGUUGAGAAACAGAUUCAGACCACGCCCAUCGAAAAACUGGUCGAGGGCGUGCACAGCGGCUCAAUCAAGCCCGUCGACAUACUCCGAACGUAUGGCAAAGCCGCCGUGAAAGCACAUCGCAAGACGAAUGCUCUCACUGAAAUUCUUUUUCCAGAGGCUGAGAAGUGGCUGCAAGAUGGCAGCGUUAAUCUCAAGGGCCCGUUGGCGGGCAUCCCUGUGAGUUUGAAAGACAGCAUUGCCGUCGGCGGCUGGGAUGUCUCCGUGGGAUAUUCAAGGUACACGGGAAAGCCUUACAAGGAAGACGGCCCGAUGGUCAAGCUUCUGAAGGAGGCGGGUGCUGUCCCCUUCGUUAAGACUGCAUUGCCCAUCACGCUGCUCAGCUUCGAGAGCACCAACGACGUCUGGGGUCAGGCGAAGAAUCCACACAAUCCAGACUACUCGCCUGGAGGCUCUACUGGAGGUGAGGGUGCUCUCCUUGCUUCUGGAGCGAGUAUCAUUGGGGUCGGCUCAGAUGUCGCCGGGUCGGUCCGUGUGCCGGCCCACUUCUCUGGCUGCUAUUCGUUACGAUGUUCAACUGGCCGGUGGCCCAAGAUGGGCAUGAACACUUCGAUGCCUGGUCAGGAGGGGAUCCCAAGUGUUUUCAGUCCGAUGGCUUGGAAUCUGAACGCUUUGAUCUACUUCACGCGCAAUCUAAUCAAGAUGAAGCCUUGGCGGCUGGAUUAUAGUGUCCAUCCUCUCGAGUGGAGAGACAGCAUGGAGCAAGAUUGGCGAGAAAAGAAGACGCUGAAGGUUGGUGUCUUGCGAGACGAUGGCGUGGUUACUCCCUCGCCAGCUUGCGCGCGGGGACUCGACAUGGUUGCCGAGUCUCUCAAGUCACACGGACACACUGUCAUCGACGUUUCUCCACCUUCACCGUACGAAGCCCUGGUCAUUGCCUCGCAGCUGCUCAACGCAGAUGGUUGUACCACUUUCAAAUCGGUGUUCCGGACGGGGGAAAGUGACGAUCCCGGAGCAGCGCAGAUGGGAUUCUACAUGCGCUUGCCACGUUUCAUCAAGAAGAUAUACUACUGGUACGUUAAAUACAUUAAACGUGACGACAUCUGGGCUGGGCUGUUGAAGGACUGGCAUCCCAAGACGGCUGCAGAAAAUUGGCAAUUGGUGAGCAAGAGGGAGGCUUACAAGAAUCGAUGGCAUGAGUGGUGGAACCAAGAGGGGCUGGAUAUCCUAAUUACCGUGCCCAACGCCACACCUGCUGUGCCGCAUGGCGGUAUGAAAGACGCUGUCAGCAGCUGCGGCUAUACAUUCUUGUUCAACUUGCUCGACUAUACCGCUGGUGUCAUGCCGGUCACCAAGGUAGACCCGUCCAAAGAUAUGCUGCCCGCAGAUUUCAAACUCAACAGGCUGAAUGGCGUGGCAAGAGGCGCGUACGUGCAUUAUGAUGCUGUCAAGAUGGCCGGCCUGCCAGUCGGCGUUCAGGUUGUGGGGCGAAGACUGGAGGAGGAAAAGGUGCUUUCGGUGAUGUCUAGGAUUCUGGACAUGCUCGAGGAAGACGGUAAGGCAUACGAGCUAAUGUAUCCCUAUAAGGAGGAUGAGAAGCUGUAGCAGGCCUGUUGCGGGACGGGCAGGCCGCGGUCGUAGGAGCAGCGGAGGCGGUGGCCGUCCGAACGGUCAGGACGGUCGAGCAUAUCGAUACGCCAGCGUUGUGGCACGUGCUCUAGUUCUACUGUUCGUGCCCCAGCGGCUGCAGCCAGACAGAUCUGCUGAAGAUUGAAGGCGUCCGCAAGCACGUCGGCUUCGUGUAGAAAUAGUAGUAAUAUGCUGUGGGCAAGCCAUGCCAACGUCCAUUCGGCAGAGAAAGAGUGAAUCGAGCCGGCUGUAAUGUUCAGGAGGUGUUCUGAGACGCGCUUUCGACUCCGCCUUACCCCGACUUUGCCUUGGAGGUAGAGAAUGGCACUAAGCUGGGCGUCGUCGUCGC